AGGCCCAAUAGUUUCAGUGAAAAGUGUUAAAGAAUAAGAAGAUGAAUAAAGAUCUAUUGAUUUUACGCAGAGUUGAGUGAAUUUUGUAAACUACAGCAGUAGACGCCAUCACGCAACGCGUGCGCAUGCUUGACGACUCAUUGGUGUCGUAAAUAAUGAGGACACGGAUACUCGGACACUUUCAUAUCAAUGGCUAGUGUUGUUGUCUGCUGUGAACGUAGAUAAGCGAUCGUCUUAUCUGUUAACCCAUUCCGCUACGAAUGGAGACGCGGCUGUUGCUGGUGAUGACAUAGUAUAAUAUGUCUAUACCUACGACCUCUGAUACAUGAUAAAAUAAUUUACUCUAUUAAAAUAAACGUUGCGCCGUGUGGCAAGUUUGCAGCUGCUGUGCACUUGAAGAGUGAUAUUUAUUAAAAUGGUUAUGUGGACAAUUGCAGUUAUUUUUGUGCUAGCCGUAUUCACAUUUAAACUUUAUCAGAAACUAACAUGUGGUGUUUGUCGGUCUAGUGCUCAUAUGGUAGGAAAAGUAGUGAUUGUGACAGGCGGUAAUAGCGGAAUAGGAUUCGAGACAGCUAAGAAUUUGGCCGAUCGUGGAGCUCGAGUGAUUAUUGCAUGCCGAAGCAUUGCAAGAGGCAAGAAAGCAACAGAAGCAAUCAUCAAGUGUACCGGAAAUAAGAAUGUUGUAUAUCGACAUCUAGACUUGUCUACUUUUCGUUCCGUGCGUGAAUUUAGUGAUGGCAUCUAUAAAACUGAAUCACGGUUAGACGUUCUUAUCAACAAUGCCGGCGCUGGUGGCCUUGGAAACCAGAAAACUGAAGACGGAAAUCAUCUGGGAAUGCAAGUUAACUACUACGGCCCUUUUUUGUUGACAAAUCUCUUGCUACCGCUUUUAAAAUCAUCCGCUCCAAGUAGAAUAGUGAAUGUGUCUUCUUUUAUCCAUAUCUAUGGUGAGGUGGACUUUGAAAAUUUAAAUAUGGAGAAAUAUUGGAGUGACUAUUUAGUGUACGCAAACAGCAAGUUGUAUUUAAAUUUGAUGACACUCGAACUCAGUCGUAGAUUACAAGGUACAGGUGUGACAGUUAAUGCUCUACAUCCUGGUGUGGCUGCUACGAAUUUAUUCAGGAACAUUAAAAAUAGCGUUAUUCGUUAUAUAGUUCAAACUUCUCUAAAUUUUGUUUAUCAGAGUGUUUGGGAAGCAUCACAGACGUCAAUUUACCUUUCUGUGGCACCAGAAGUGCAAGAAGUUAGCGGUCGGUACUUUAGUGACUGUCGAGAGAAGAAACCAUCAAAAAAAUCACAGGAUUCAGAAAUUGCAAAAAGACUUUGGCAAGAAUCAGAAAAAAUUGUAAAAUUAAGCUGAAAAUCUGAUAUUGGAACUUAUUUUUAUUAUUCAGAUAAACUUUUACAAGUUAGGUAGGUACCAGUCGUUGACCAUCAAAAUAUAUCGUUGAUAGUAAAUAAAAUUCAAGGUUGUUGACGAGGUGGCCGACCGAGUAAACAAAUGACUGUUGUAACCUCAACUGGUUCUGAUUUAUUUAUUAAUAACUAGCUGAUGCCCGCGACUUUGUCCGCGUGGAUUUACAUAUUUCGAAAUCCCGCGGGAACUCUUUGAUUUUCCGGGAUAAAAAGUAGCCUAUGUGUUAAUCCA